UUCAACGUGCCAUUCACGUCUGUGAACGCGUGUCAGGAACACUGCAAGUACGCGCACGCCGGGCCUUAAGUCUCUCUCACUUAGACAAUAAUAACAAUACCGUAAUAACAACGCAUUACCGUGGCCGCUUAAUGAACCGAACAUCCGUUUGUAUAAUACGUUAAAAAUAUUAUCACCGACCAGCAACAAGCACCACACACACACACACACAAGAAACGGUCAGGUCUAUCCCGGAAAAGCCGUUUGAAACCUAACCGGAGAUCUUCAAAGGAUACGACGAUCAAACGCAGUUUUCCACUCACAGAUGACAAGAUGAAGCGCAACUGGAUUAUAACGGACCGAGCUCGGUGUUUGUUGCUAAUUUGUGCCGUUGUUGGAGUGACGGGAUCCGCUGCGAAAAACGCCGGCCAGGCGAAAUUGUCGAUAAAGAGCACCGACGACUUGCCGCAAGUGGCCGAAGCGCUGAGAGCGGCCACGUACUUGGAAGACUUUGACGAUGUGGAAAAGAACUACAGCGAGCAGCGGCAAAGUCUCAAGAGGAUACCCAGGAAGUUGCAGAGCGCGACCAACGAGGAUUUUCAAUCUUAUCAAGGCGUGAUGGGUCGUCCGGGCGUAGACUUUCCCAUACUGUCUUCGAUUCCGCACACCGAGUUCAGCUGCAAGAAAGUGAAAAAACCGGGCUACUACGCAGACUUGGAGACCGAUUGCCAGGUAUUCCACAUAUGCGACAACGGAAGGAAGGUUUCGUUUUUGUGUCCUAACGGUACGAUUUUCCGGCAGUCUCAUUUGAUAUGCGACUGGUGGUUCCGGGUGGAUUGCGAACGGUCAAUAGAGCAGUACGAAGAGAGCGCAGAGCUGCUGGCUGCCGACCAAAGAGGUUUCAAACAGCGAACUGAGGCGCAGUCGAAAUCAAUGCUGAGAGUGCAAACCACACUGCCCACGAAUAGCGUUACUGUGACCGAGCGUUCGUUCGGGCCAAGUACUACGGUUUUCAAUUCGGAAUCAAGAUUACCGCAGAAUCAGGGUGGUUAUUUUGGCGAUUCGCUGAAAGGAGAAAAUCAAGUACCCGCCGAAUCCGGUUCGAUCGUCGGCGGUAACAACUACCAGGCAAGUUUCAAUAGCUAUUAUUCAAAGUCCAACGUGCCCGCGAACAAUUGGUACAACAAUGCUAACCCACAGCCUGCCGUAUACCAAGUACCGUCUUCCACCGUUCAACCCCAGUGGAACAAUUUCAAUAAUUUUAAAUCUGUAAACUAUCAAACGCCGUCCACGACCGUUCAACCGAACUGGAAUCAGGGAUUCUAUAGUAACAAUAACAAUAAUAACUUCCAAACGCAAAUCACAACUGCGCAAUCACCUUGGACUCAAAACGCCAACGACGGCUUCCAAUCUGGCGUUUACCAAACUCCAUCGACAACCGCAGCACAACCUUUCUGGAAGUAUAACGCCAAUAGCGGAUUGCAGUCUGUAAAUUAUAACGCACAGCCUACUUCCACGGUAAACCCAGCUGUCAACCAAGACAACGGCAAUUACUAUCAACAAGGAUACCAUUCUCAAUUCACUACAGCCGGCCAAUCGAACUGGAACCAAGCAAGCAGCUUCCAACCUGCUUAUCAGUCACAACCGACCACUGCGUCGUCGCAAGUCAGCAACAACUGGAGUCAAGGCGCCAACAACUUGCCGACGAAUAACGGAUACCAGUCGCCCAGUCCGGCGGUUACCAACGGAAAAUGGGACCAAAGCUCUGGUAACGUGCCGACCAGCCAAAACCAACCGACCGUUAGCGCAACGGCGACCCAAUCGAAUUGGAAUCAACAAACGGGUCCGGUACAGCCGACGUAUCAAACCGAACAGUCGUACCAACCACCCACUACCACAUCUUUGCCGUCGUCAUACACCGAACAAACCGUCGCGGCCAGAGAGAGUCAACAGCCGGCGGAAUCUUCUUCGUUUGUCGCAAAUCAAAAUUCAGGCUAUUACGGUUUCCAACCCGAAAAUCACAACACACAAGCCAAUCAACCGGUGACAACCGAGUUCCAACAGUCGUCGGACAACGGUGUGGUCAGCACAACCGCCGUUUUCGACUACACGACCACCGUGUACAACUCGACCGAGUCACCGUCCGGCGAGACUCUCAUACCGAACAUGGUCAACUCCCUGCAGACCCUGACGGACAACAGCCUGUACGACAACGCGGACGGCCAAAACAAUUACCAGCAACAGCGAAACACCGACGAAGAGCUCAAUUCCGUGGCUUUGUACUUCAACAACGGCUCGCCGCAGACCACCACCGUGACCAGCGCCACCAAGUCCGACGAAGCGGACUCGGUCGAAGAGACGACCACGUCCGUCGAGAACCUACAGCUGCCCGCGGUGCUGACGCAGACCACCAAGGAGGCUUAUGACAAAUUGUUUCCAAACGACACGCGCAAAGAGACCGCGACCGAGGCCGACAAUAAGUCCGCCGUGGGCGAAAUGGACGAAGCCAGCAAAUCGGUGAACAACUUCGCUCAAAACUUGGUGCUGAACAGGUCUUCCGCCGAACUCAGGGAAUUGGCCGCGGUUUUCACGCGCGCUCUGACCGCGUACCUAGACGACCCGGAAAACUUCCGCAAGAUACUGUCCGAAGUGAGACCGACCGAACCUCCCGGCUCGAAAUCCAGCACCGUCGAAGACCAAGAGGUGCUCGAGUUCUCGGACGACUCCAAGAACCGGCGAAGCAAAAAACCCGAACUCGCCGCCUCUACUACCACCGCGGCCACCACGUCGCCCAUAAGCCUGGCUGCCGAAGUCAACGGCAUAACGCAGGACCUAACCACUCUGGCCGAUCUGUCUACCAUCGUGCCUCAGUACACCACGUCGCCCCUGGUGGACAUUACGUCCAACUACGCUGGGACUUCUGCUUCUUCGGGCAGUGUACAAGAGUAUGCGCCACCAGCCGACAGUGAACAGCUGCAGACCGCCGGCAGCCAGUCGUUCUUCGCCAGCAGAGACAACGCCAUCGUAGGCGUAGCCAAACCACUCAGUUCGGUCAUCAACUCGUUAACGUGGACCGCGUCCCCCGCGUUGGGCAACGGCCAAGAAGACCGUUUCACUACUCAAUCGCCCAUUUACUUCACGACACCGUCGCCAUUAGAUUUAGAGACCACCGCUAUCGUUCAGAGGGCCAAAGACAUGUUCGGCCAUCUGAACGAGACGGAAGCUGGCAUUUUGAUCAACGUCAUGAAGACUGCUGAAUCCAACGACACGGUUAAACGGUUGGUGCUGUUGUUGGUCAACGAUCCGAACAAGGACAACGAUCCGGAGCAGACCAGGAACAACAUCAUCGAAGCGUUGCUGGAAAACAGGAGCACCGAGACGGCGGCUUACUUGACCACCACCGCCACGCCAAUUGGCAAUCCCACGGAUCCUGCACCUUCUGCCGACGUUUCGGCUAUUCCGUUCGGUCAACGGCUCAAAGACGACGGCACUCCCGUCCAAAGCGGUCAGCAGCACAGGAAAGCCCGGAAAGGCACCAGGAGAAGAGUCGUGCACAGGAGUCGGUCGACCAGCACCACCACUACUACGCCGGCACCGACAACGUCGUCUUGGCAAGGGGCCAACGACAUCGGUCCUGGCCUGAGCGACGAGUCCGACGCCAGAGCGGUUGAACUGCUGAAAUCUUUAUACUCAAUCGCUUCCAAGUGGCCAUAGACUUUUCGACUCGGCCCAUUUGGUCGGUGUACUGCCCGUGUCAUAUAUAAAUGUGCGAAUCAAAUGUAUUUUUUAAAUUUAAUUCUGUAUAUUACUAUUAUAAUUUCGACGACGUUGCCUUUUAAAUGGCAACAAUAAGACACUCGCGAAAACGUCUAAAAUAUUGGAUCGGCUAUUGGUUCGAUCGUUUUCGGACCCCUAUCCACGUUGGCAUUCGUCUAGACUAUAAAUCUGGUUAAUAUGCGAUGCUAUGGAUCCAACCACAAUCAGAAAUCCUAUUUGUAAAUACAAUUUCUCGUACAGUCGCUAUAUUUGAAAUCCUAGUUCCACGAUCACUGUCAA